GUGAGCUAGUACUAGCUAUGACAUACAGGCUGGUUGGCAGCAGUUAAAAGUUGAAAUGCAGCCAACUAGCUAGCUUAUAGCACAUUGCAGGUCACACUUCAACCACGUGCUCUUCCUCAUGUAGUGGUCACGGUUGCUAGCUCUGAUUCUAGAUCCUGAUCCUCUUCUACUAUAUACUCGAUCUAAAUUUGGAUGAGUUUCAACCAGUUUAACUACAGCCAGUGGCCUGCAAUUGACCUACGAACACCAGCUGAAAAUACUGGAGGGGGAAAGGCGACUGAUUUGCUAUCAGGUUUGUUUGACACUAAUCAACAGUGCUUAAGAGCCGUAGACAAUGAUGAUACUAAUAUGUUUCAAAAGAGCCUCAUUGACAAAUAUCAGCACAGCUGAGCAACGCUGCUACAUAUUCCACAGACUAUUAGCCAAAAGAAGCGGAUGUUAAUAAUGAUGCAUUAGAUGUUGAGAGUGAGUCAACUAACAGAAAGAUUGUUCUCGUUGGUGGUUUUGGGCACAUGCGUGAGCGUAGAACACUAGCAAUAAUCAGGUUCAGAAAGUAUAAUAAACCCUGUAUUAUCCAUGGUAUAACGACUCCAUGCACUUAAGGCCUGGGCCUUGUACUGAUAGCAUUAAUUUAAGAUUGUGUAGAUUAUGUAGUGUUAAUGAGAUUCAUAAUCUUUAUCAGUGCAUGUGACGUCAUGAGUCAAUGUAGCUAGCUGAACUAUUAUACAAUAUCUUUAGCAACAAAAGCGGCUGGAGGUAAGAGUAGCUGUUUAGGCCCUCAAAAGAUAGAGUAUGUUGUCAAGAUUAUCCCUUUCCUUGCCAUUCAUGAAAAUCUGAAACAGAAGCGUCUUUAGGACAGAAGCGUCUUUAGGUCGAUCAAUUAGUGUGGAUCCGGCCUCACCACGCCUCCAUGUCAUUCUAUUAGUCUAGAUCCGGCUAGCAAUUCUAGCCAGUUCUAGUUCUUUUUGUUUAGCGUGUCAGAGACUGGGAGAAGUCAGAGACUGGGAGAAGAUGAUUGGCACUCCCUGGCUCCUUUGGAUGUACAGCUGUCCAGAUCCCUAGAACAUACCCUCCAUUCUGACGAGUUAUCAGUGCAUAGGGUGCUUACUAGAUUCUUGCCAGCCAGUACAGUUCAAGCUACACACAGCACCGCUCAACCCCAUCAUCUAGCUAAAUCUGGUCCAACUAGACAGCGGACACAGCUAGUUAAUUCAGUAAAGCCUGUACUUUACGGUUGUUCAGUACCCACGGUAACAAUUCCUCUGGGCUGGGCUAACUAGUUGAGCCUCAAGGCUAGGUACAUGUCUCUGUCUAGUCUUUGUCUAGCUGCUUCUUCAGCUUCUUGCUCAGUUUUGUGGCUUAGAGAAAGGCCAGCUACUCAGGGGGAAGAGUCGUCUGGCAGCCAGGUGACGUCACUUUUUAAUCUAGUCUAGUCCUGCUUGCACUGCUACUACUACUGCUACUCUUCCUUAUGGCAAGCCGUUCGUAACAAAAUUAAUUGAAGCUAGUGUCACAUCGUAAAGUUAAAAGGUCACAUCCUAAAGGUUAAAAGGUCACGCCACGCCCCAUGUAAGAUGUCACAUCGUAAGGUUAAAAGGUCACAUCCAUCAAUUCUGCGCAGAUCUAGAGCUGGCACAGUGAUAAUUAAUUAGAAAUGGAACACUUUGGUUGGAGCACGUUCUUUAUAGAGGUUGGUGAGGUUUUUGAUUCUUGCCAGAACCAGAUAGGAACAGCCAACCAAAGUUUUGUUAACUAUAUAAUAGAAAGACUAGAAAAUGGACUCAGAAACUUGGACCCCAUAAGUGAGACACUCUGUAUGGCUCUUGAGCCCGAAAAUGAACUUGAAGUUGAGGAGCAAGAAGUUAUUUCUACGUAUAGAGAAAUGGUAGAUGAGUUGGCCUCUUGCAUUCGAUCACUGUUGUGUUAUUGGGACACUUAUCUGGAUGAGUUAGGAUCAAUGUCUGCUGUGUCAAUGUAUCGAGCAUCAGUCACCCGUACAGGCUUAACGCCCGGACGUCCAUCCUUUUCAAUUGAACAGAGUCAGAUAGAAUAUCUAACAUGUUUGAACUUUUCCUGGACUGAAAUAAGUGGCCUCAUAGGUGUGUCACGUAUGACUAUCUACAGGCGUAGAAGAGAUUUUGGCAUUUUAGAAAACCAACGCAUAGAAGUGAGUGGGGAACAUCUCACAGGGAUUAUUCAGCAGCUACGUCAUGACAAUCCAUAUUGUGGUGAAAUCAUGAUGAUGGGCCAUUUAAGAGCGAUGGAUGUUGUUGUGACUAGAGAGAGGGUGCGGUCAGUGAUCAGAAGAGUCGAUCCCCUUAAUUCAGCUCUACGUUGGGGUGGCAACAGUACUUCAAGGCGGCCAUACUCUGUUCCAGGGCCUAAUUCACUCUGGCAUUUAGAUGGGCACCAUAAGCUUGUGAGGUGGCGAUUCGUCACACACUGUGGUAUCGAUGGAUUUAGUCGACUUUUGGUUUUUUUGAAAUGCUCGACAAACAACCGUGCAUCAACAGUUUUGGAGGGUUUUACUGGGGGUGUACGGAAGUACGGAUUGCCCUCACGUGUGAGAACCGACCAAGGUCGUGAGAAUAUGUUAGUGGCACGGUAUAUGCUAGAACAUCGUGGACCUGGACGAGGCAGCAUCAUCACAGGAUCUUCAGUCCACAACCAACGUAUCGAGCGCAUCUGGAGGGACAUGCAUCGCUGUGUCACACAACUGUAUUAUAGAUUGUUUUACUUUUUGGAAGAGAAAGGAACCUUAAACCCAGCUGCAUUUAUUUGCUCUUCACCACGUGUUUCUUGCAAGAAUAAACAAGUCGUUAACUGCAUUCAAGGAUGGCUGGAAUCUGCAUGGAAUUCGUACAGAGCACAACCAUACUCCUCUGCAACUAUUCCAUAGCGGUCUCCUAAGGUUGCAGAAUACUGGAAGCCAUGGACCUUUUUGAAAAAUAAUGAUUAUGGGAUGGAUAAUGAUCAGCCGUCGGUGUUGUAUGAGGAUCCACAGGCAAGUUGUAAUUAAUACUAAUACUCUGUUAUAACAUUACUUACCGUAGCAGGUAUAAUUAUUUCAAGGGUAUAAACUCUCGCUGAUAAAUCAUGUACCGCGAACAUUUAUACCCACAUUGCAUGCUAUUCCACGAAAACCUUUCUAUAGCUAUCUUUCCGCGAAAGUUUAU